ACGUGCGUGCGUGCGCCGGGCUCGCGUGCCGCUUUCACCGUUUGCACCGCUACGGACGGCGGGGCUGGUUGCUGCGUUCACGUGCGCGCUUGUUUUAAGUGCUCGGCGGCGUUCGCGUGGCAUGUUGCGCAGGUCAGGAGGUCGUUCCGAAGUGGGGUGCGGUAGCAGCACGGACACCCCAGUCGCCUUAUAGGAGAAUCGCGAUGGCCAGCGCCGCCCCGCCGGCCUCUGGCCCUGGUACUACCGACAACGCCGGUCCUGGUGUGAGCGGAGCGACGGCCGGCGAAGGGAUCUCGCAGGACAGCACCUUCGAGUGCAACAUCUGCCUGGACACGGCCAAGGAUGCCGUCAUCAGCCUCUGCGGCCACCUUUUCUGCUGGCCUUGCUUGCAUCAGUGGCUGGAGACGCGACCCAAUCGGCAGGUGUGCCCGGUAUGCAAAGCAGGCAUCAGUCGUGACAAAGUCAUCCCUUUGUAUGGGCGAGGAAGCACAGGACAGCAGGACCCAAGAGAGCGAACUCCUCCCCGUCCUCAAGGACAGAGACCGGAGCCUGAAAAUCGAGGCGGUUUCCAGGGCUUUGGUUUCGGCGACGGUGGGUUCCAGAUGUCCUUUGGAAUUGGGGCUUUUCCCUUUGGCAUUUUUGCCACAGCCUUCAACAUCAACGACGGGAGACCGCCUCCAGCUGUGCCUGGAACCCCGCAACAUCAGGAUGAACAGUUCCUGUCCCGCCUCUUCCUGUUUGUAGCUCUGGUGAUCAUGUUCUGGCUGCUCAUUGCAUAAACUGUAAGAACUGGGAGUCGCGAAGGCCACGGACCCUCAAGAACCUUGCCUUCAAAAAGGAGAAACCAGCACACGGUCUUUUAUCAGAAGCAGUGAAGGAAAUGGUCUUUAACAUUUUUUUUCCUCUGCUUAUUUUUGUUUAAAUCUUGGUCUAAUUCUUGAAAUGUACUGUAAAUUUGCUUAAACUUUCCAGGUGGGCUCUUAUGUCUUGCUUAAGGUGUUAAGUGGCAACUUAAUUUUUCUUAAUCCUUUGACUUAAGGUAUAAAUGGUUAUGGGGAGUAACUUUUAAAUAUUAGCACUCAUUUGCUUUUUAUCUUUUGUUUUACAGUUGAGGCGAGUGCCUAUUUAAGUUCAAGGCACAAGUCACUUCUAGUUUGCUAUAUUGAUUUAUAAGCUUUUUUUUUCUUUAACUCAUCAGCUGCCCUGACAAUUAAAUGGCCCUAUUCAUUACUGGAUUUUUGUUAUACAUUAACAUGAAUUGCUCAAAUGUGCAGCAUAAUAUACGUGGGAGACCGGUAGGGUCUUCAGCAAAAAUAAACGGUUUGCCCUCCUUCCCACAAGAGGGCAGUGGAACUUGUGAUUUCUGUCUGCUUCCUACUAAAAGGGAGCCAGGAUCUGGGGCUUUAAUUGGAAAUGGUCUGCAUAAAAAAGUGGUAAUAGGUUUUUAAAAUUUGUGUAAUGCUAUUCUUUGGACCUUAAAGGAGGGUGAAGAGCUCUUUGAUCUGCUCAGAGGGCCAGCACUAGUUAAUGAUCUACAAAUUGAAAGAGAAAUCAAUGUAGUAAUGGGCACACUUUGGUCACAGUUGGCCGGGGCCAAGUGUUUUGUAGGUUUUACAUCACCACAUUAUUUAAUAAAACUACUAAAACCAAAGCUGGGAGGGUAAGGGGUUGAAGUGGUAAUAUAUUAAACUACAUGCUGGUGGCCUUUGACAAAAGUUGUUCUGUAAUCUGCAUGAGUGUAACGUGUAUUUAUUAGCCAAAAAGCUACACACAGUAUUUGUCCCCACUGACAUCUAUGCAAUAUCGUUUUGUUUCCCUGAGAAGUGAAUCUGCACAUUCAUGCUGUAACUUUUACUGACACUCUUUUGUUCAUUAAAAUGGGGAUUCAAGUAUGAAGUACUGAAGUCUAUGAUCUAAUUUUUCUUAAAUAUUAAGUGGAAAAACGUGUCCCAUUGCUGUACUUUCUGGAUAAUUGUUUGAAAUAGAACAUUUCUGAUUUUAAUGA